AUGAUACGACAACCAGCAAUAAAUUUAAAAUCUUUAAGAUUUGCAUUAUAUAUUCUACCUUUAUUUCUAGUUAUUUCUAUAAAACAUUAUAAAAAAAUUAGUAGAAAUUUUAAUAUAUCUAAUGUAAAACUUGUAAAAGAUGAUAAAGUCUUAGAAAAUGUAGAUAAAUUGUUUUAUUAUCCUAAUUCACAAUUACCAAAUUGUUCAUUUGAAAAAGAAAGUCAACUAAUGGGUCGUUUACCAGUUUUUCUUGAAGCUCCCACUUUUGAAUAUCUGAAUGCUUUAUAUCCUAAUAUUCAGCCUGGUGGACAUUUUUAUCCAAAUCAUUGCAAUGCAGAACAAAAGGUAGCAAUUUUAGUACCAUAUAGAAAUAGGCAAUCACAUUUACGAAUUUUUUUGCAUAAUAUUCAUAAAACUUUACAAAAGCAACAUAUUGAUUAUGCUAUCAUUCUUAUUGAACCUAUUAAUAAUGUAACAUUUAACAGAGAUUUAAUACCUGAAGAUGACAGAAAUCUUUAUCAAUGUAGUAAGCAUCCACGUCAUAUGUCAUCACACAUAAAUAAAUUUGAUUAUGAAUUACCUUAUGAAUAUAUAUUUGGUGGAGCUUCUGCAGUAUCAACGGAAAUUUUUAAAUUAGUUAAUGGAUAUAAUAACAUGUAUUGGGGAUGGGGUAUGGAAGAUGAUGAUUUAUACAAUAGAAUAAAAUAUAAUCGUUUACAAAUAUCAAGAUAUCCACCUGAAAUAAGCAGAUAUUAUAUGAUAAUUCAUGAACAUGAAAUUGAAAAUUCUCUAAAUUAUUGUAGAUAUGCCAUUUUUAAAUAUUACAAAGAUAAAAUGAACACAGAAGGUUUAAAUAAUUUGAAUUAUACGUUAAAAAAAAUUGAAUUUUAUCAUUUAUAUACAAAGAUUAUUGUUGAUCCACUUGAAGAAAUUUCAAAACAAAAUUUACGUGAACUUGGAAUAUGUUCUACUAUUUAG